CAAAGCAAAGCCGUUAGAUUGUUGGUCACCAUCUCAAACCCCACUCGCCUCCUCUCCCUCUCUCUCCCACCCAUUUUAUCUCUUGAGGCUCAAAUCAGCCACGCCCGCCCAAUGCCCCUCCCCCUUGAUCAGCCACCACAAUGCGGCCGCCCUCGUCGUCGGCGACGCCCGGGACAGGCCGCACCGGAGGCGGCCGGGUGUCGGCGUUCACGAUGCGCGCGGUGGCGCGCAUGUCGAGGGCGCGGUGGUUCAUCUUCCUGCGGCGGGUGUACCAGUACCAGAACGGCCCGAGGUCCGACCUGGGCUCCAACCCCUUCAACUCGCCCGGCUGGCUCGCCCUCGAGCUCGGCGUGAUCGUCGCGCAGAUGGUCGUGACCACCGCCGUCGUCGCGACCUCCCCCGGGGAGCGCCCCGCGUGGCCGCUCCGGGUGUGGGUCGCCGCCUACAACGUCGGCAACGUGCUCAGCCUCCCCCUCCUGUAUUGGCGCCACCGGCAUUCGUCCUCUGCCGCUCGCGGCGGCGCGCUCUCCGACGACCCCGAGAUGCACGGCGCCAGCGACCCUCUAAGGAACAGCUCGUACCUGAUGAACAAGGCUCGCGCGUUCCUGGAGCUGUUCUUCGCGAUGUGGUUCGUGAUGGGCAACGUGUGGGUGUUCGACGCGCGGCUCGGGUCGUUCCACCGCGCGCCGAGGCUGUACGCGCUCUGCAUCGGCCUCCUCGCCUGGAACGCCGUCGUCUACUCGCUCCCGUUCCUCCUCUUCCUCCUGCUCUGCUGCUUCGUCCCGGCCGUCGGCUACGCGCUCGGGUACAACAUGAACUCCGCGUCCGUCGGCCGGGGCGCCUCCGACGAGCAGCUGGCCGCGCUGCCCCAGUGGCGGUUCAAGGAGCCCGACUUGCCGAGAGACCGCGACCACGACGAUCAGGAGUGCUGCAUAUGCCUGGCGCAGUACAAGGAGAAGGAGGAGGUGAGGCAGCUGCCGUGCACGCACAUGUUCCACCUGAAAUGCGUGGACAGAUGGCUCAGGAUCAUCUCCUCUUGCCCUCUCUGCAAGCAAGAGCUCAGCUAGAACGAGCUGAUAUGAAUACGGAGCUACUGAUACUGCUGCGCCUUCCGACGACGCAUGCGUCGCACCUCACGCGCGGAAGAAGGAAAAACGUACUCUGGCACGCCAACCAUGCGUUGCACUGACCUAGAGAGUUCGAUAUUGCUGAUGACGCGAAGAGGGAUAUUUAUGCAUGCAGCUGCGGCAUUUGGAGUCGCAACGUGUGAUCGAUAUAUAGGCUUGGAUUAUAAUAGGCUAGGUAUAUACAGGCGGCAACUGUGUAAAAGAGAUUUUAUUUUUCGUUUUUGUGGUGUUGUCUGAUGUAGUGUUGCAUCUCUCGAAUGUGGUCAGCCAGGCCAGGUCGAUCGAGAUGCGUAUGUAGUUAGUUUUUCUUUUUUCCGACAGAAACCAAACGAGAACAUGCCAAAGUUGUCACGCGGCUCACGCCUCUCAGCAAAUGGCAGCCCAACAUACAUGGUCCGGUCGAUCGAGACCGCUGAUUACCUCUCUAUUAUUUUUAUCAUUAUUUUGAAUAUAUUGUCACAUAUUGCACGGCUAACA